AUGAUUAAUAUCCCAGUGCUCCCCCCCCGGGGAUCCCACAAGAAGGACAACCUAGGGGAGGUUCCAGACCAAUCGAAUGACGGGAGCCCUCAAGAGCAAGGAGCGGCAGGAUCAUCUAGGCAGUUUAGAGGCAGGCGGAAGACUCAAUCCAACAACAGGCAGUAUAGGUCAAAAUUAUCGCCGUCAAACCAAUAUGAAAGGGCACCCUCAGACAGAAGAGCAGAAGCCUGA